AUGAUAUCCGAAACGGGAACACCAACAACAACAACAACAAAUACAAUGACACCAACCGGUACUUUGAUAACUACCGACAAAAUAAAUAAAUGCGAUUCGUCAAAAUAUAAAUCGAACGAAGAAUCCAACGGGAUGUCGGAUAAGAAAAAUAUAACGGUUAAAACAAAAAAAUCAUUUUGCAUAGAUGCACUUUUGGGUAAAAAUGAAAAUAAAAAUUUUUUCGGGUCGGAUUUUAAUGUAGGAAAUGUUAAAUGUUCCAACGAUAUAACAAAAUGUUUUCGAAAAACUGCGGAACAGGUAAAAGAUGGUGUCGGUGGCAGUGGCGGUGGCGGUGAUGAUGAUGACGAUGAUGAUAAUGAUGAAAGAAAAAAUUUUUUUAAUGUUUUCGAUAAACGCGGACAACAGAAAAGUAAAUUAUUUUUUGAAAAUGUUAAUCGUGCCGUUGGAAAUAAAAUAUCUGACGGUGGUGAAACAAUUUACGAAUCAAUAACUGGAAAAUAUACGACGAAAAAUUUAGAUUACGAUAGAGAAAAAUACGACGAUGUGGAAAUGAUAACGGAUAAUAAAUUAAAUUUUUAUCCAGAGAGAAUCGUGGAAAAUUUAUCAGAAUGUGAAAUGCGUAGAGAUUGCGAUAAUAGCAGAAGUCAAAGUCCGUUUUCUGGAAAAACAAACGAAACGAGAUCGAACAGUCCGGAAUUAUCGGAUAAUUCAAGUCCUCCAAUAUCUCCAGGUAAUGAAAAUGAUUUUCGUAAUAAUUUAAACGAUUCCGGAGAAGAUUUCGGUUCGUCGCAAAUUUUUCCACGUCCCGGAUUACUUAUGACGACGACGACGUCGACAACAACAACAAAUAACGGAUCGCAAAAUUUUAUGAAUCAAAAUUCGAAUAUUAUGCUGGGGUCCAGACCGAAUAUCCAGCAAUUAAGGCCUCACUCUGCAUUUUUAGCUUAUUCUACACCUCAUUCGUUUUCAUCUGCAUUUCAUCCUUUGAAUUCAAACACCGGCGGAAGUGUUAAUUCUAAAAUAUCUGGAACGAAUUCGACUGGAAUGAAAACGGGAAUAUCGUCAAACAAUGGGACAUCGAUAUUGGGUUUAAAUACUGGAGGAAGUCAACACCUUCAUCACAUGCAAUUGGAAUGGUUGGCAAGGACUGGAAUGUUUUAUCCAAGACUUCCAGAUUUAUCAGAAUAUAAAAUUUUGAUUCCAGCAGAUGAUAAAAUUUUAGCUUUGAUUUCGGUUUAUAAUUAA